UGAGAGAGGUACCCAUGAGAUGUUUGGAGACAUUUUUAUAAAAUUAUUUAUUUAAAUAAAAAUGGCCGCCGUAGAGAGCGGAGAGGAGAGACUCAGUGAGGAGAAGAGCGAGGACGCCAACCAGAAUCAGAGCUCCAAGGACAAGGACCUUAAGACACACAGCAACAAGCCCAAGAAGGUGAGGCAGGAGCGGGAGAGGGAGCGGAGGGAUGUGGAGAAGGAGAGGCUGGAGUCUUCAUCCACCACCACCAUGUCCUCCCCUCCUCAUCCUCCAGCCCAGCAGCCCUGUGUGGACCAGGACCAGCCCCAGCUGGCCGAGGCUGAGGCGGGGCCCUCUGAGCCCGCGGUCGUUGCAGCCGGUGAAGCCUCGGGUCUCUCCGAGUCCUCUCCUUCGCCCAAACAGAGGAGGUCCAUCAUCAGAGACCGCGGUCCGCUCUACGACGACCCCUCUCUGCCCCAGGGCUGGACACGUAAACUCAAACAACGCAAGUCUGGACGGUCCGCCGGCAAGUUUGACGUCUACUUGAUGAACCCCGAGGGGAAAGCCUUCCGUUCCAAGGUGGAGCUGAUCACCUUCUUCCAGAAGGUAGGGGACACCGCCACCGACCCCAACGACUUCGACUUCACCGUGACCGGGCGUGGCAGCCCCUCCCGCCGCGAGAAGAGACCCCCGAAGAAACCCAAGGUGGUGAAACCGUCGGGGAGGGGCCGGGGCCGGCCAAAGGGGAGCGGGAAGCUGCGUCCGGCCACGGAUGGCGUGGCGAUGAAGCGCGUGGUGGAGAGGAGUCCUGGGAAGCUCCUGGUUAAGAUGCCGUUCGGAGCGUCCAAGGCAUCCGAGGCAGCGGGGCAGACAUCGGUGCCGGUCGUAGUCACCAAGAAGCGCCGGGGACGGAAAAGGAAAGCGGAGAUACCACCGCAGACUUCUCCUAAAAAGCGGGGGUGUAAGCCAGGGUCGGGGUCGGCGGUGUCAGCAGCGGCCGGGUCUGCGGGUUCCAGUGCUUCCUCCUACGCUGUGGCUGCUAUCCUCGCAGCAGAAGCCAAGAGGAAAGCUCAGAAGGAGUCUUCCACUAAGCCGGUGCAGCAGACCGCUCUGCCCAUCAAGAAACGCAAGACCAGAGAAACUGUUGAGGAGACUAAGGAGACUCCAACCAUCACCACGCCACAGCUGGGGACAGGGAGUGGUGGGGCAGGAACUGUGAUGGGGACGGGGAGUGGUGGGGGGACAGGGACGGGGACAGGGAGUGGGGGUGGUGGGGCAGGAACUGGGACGGGGACAGGGAUUGGUGGUGGGGCAGGAACUGGGAGUGGUGGUGGGACGGGGAGUGGUGGUGGGACGGGGACAGGGACAGGGAGUGGGGGUGGUGGGACGGGGACAGGGAUUGGCGGUGGGACGGGGACAGGGAGUGCUGUGGCUGUGGUGGCAACAGAAGGAACAGAGCAGGGACAGAAGCUGCCAAAGAGUCCAGGGAGGAAGCACAAGGAAUGUCCCCUGACAGUUACCACAGGGGACAGUGGUGCCAGCGGAGGCAGCAGUAGCAUCACUACCCCAAAGAGCCACAGCCACAAGAGAAAAGAGCGCACGCCACACAAACACGCUCACCACCACCAUCGCCACCACCACCACCACCACACACACUCCUCUGUAGGGGAGAAUCCUCCUCCUCCACCCUCCCAGCGGCCCCCUCACCACCACUUCCCCGGCCUGACUAUGGGCCUGGUCUCCCAUACGGCCAGGGCCUCGGUGGGGCCAGGGGCCCUCCAGCAGAACAAGCCCCAGGACCUGAGCACCCCUAGGGGGCCCUGCCGGGCCAGCACCACGGCCAGAGGAGAGGUCAGGGAGGUCAGACAGGACAGCUCUGCUGCGGUGGUAGUAGCGGGAACGAGUGACACCAGAAGCAACAAGCAUCGAGCGGACGAGGCAGCGGGGACAGUGGUAGGGAGGGAUUUGAGAGACGUUGUACCGUCCUCAGCCGUACCGAGGCCCAGCAGAGAGGAGACCGUCUCCCCAGUACCCAGACCCAGCCGGGAGGAGACGGUGGAGUCUCGGACACUGUAUGGCAGGACCCCUGUCUCUAAGGAGAGAGGAGCCGUGUAGUGGAGCCGUGGGUUUUAGAAGAAAACGACAAAAGGACGUGUACAGAUGAACACAAGGCAGCUGUUGGUUGAUGUUCUUUCUGUGGGUUGGGCUGUUUAUCUGGUUAUUGACAGGUAGUGUAGCUUAAAGGACAACCCACAACAGAUUGCUUCCUGAUAAAUGAACGUUUUUUUUCUCUGUUUGGUCAUUGUCUUGUUUUCUGCUUUAAACCUGUUGUCAUCCACCCCGACCCAUCCCACCCCGACCCAGGAGCUUUUGCUCAAAGCUCACAGGAAGUGGAGGACCUACUCUUCCGGUUCCAUCAUCAGAUGGAAACUAUGGAAACCACGAUGAUGACUCAUAAACCUCACAAUCAUUUCAGUUCUUCACUGUGGUUUUAAGAUACCUUUUACGAAAAUGGGACUGAAAAAGGGUUGGAUUUGCCAAAAUGCCAAAAGGCGUGUGCCCUGUCUGUAGGUUCCUCAGAGUUGGGCUUGCCAGUGUUGUUGUGCAAUGCUCCAUGUCAUACAAGCUGCCACUGCUUCCUCUGUUGUAGCGUCCUCUGUUCACUGCAGUGUGCUCAGCGUCCAGUCCACCUAAGCUCGGUCUGUGUCCCAAAUGGUACCCUAUUCCCUAUAGGCCUUAUGGGUCCUGGUCAAAAGUAGUGCUCUAAAAGUAGUGCACUAUAUAGGGUGCCAUUUGGGAUGCAUAUGGGUUUCCAGUCCUUCCUCCACAGUCAGCAUAUUAAUUUAGGUGACAUGUUUUCCUCGUUGGCCUAUAUAAUGUGGAUGCCAAGUCUUCAGUGUGUCUGUGGUGUGGAUCAUCUCUUUCUCACUCCUUAGACCUUGGUCUCCGUCUGAAACCCUAUUCCCUACGUAGGGAGAGGCAAGUAGUGCACCACAGAGGGAAUAGGGUGCACACUAGUCUCCCCAAGCAGGUUGUAGUUUGACUUCACACAGAGACCAGAGAGAUGAUGAUGAUGAUGAUGAUGAAGUUAGGAUGUUGAUGUGGCCCAGACAGCAACCAACAGGCCUGAGUAUAGACCUUCUCCAAUUAUUCUGAGCUUGCGUUCCAAAUGGCACCCCUAUUCCCUGUAUAGUGCACUGCUUUUGACCGGAGCCCCCUAUGGACCCUCAAAAGUAGUGCACUACGUAGGAAAGAGGGUGGCAUUCGGGACGUAGCUGAAGCUUUGAAACUGAAAUCUUCUUGAUGCAGGCAGAUAACUUCCUAUCUGAUGGUUGAGGUGAUGAAACCCCAGGGUUUUAGAGACGCCUAGGUACACCAGUGAUGUGUUGGUGGAUCACAAUCACUUUAUUCACCCAAGUACAUUUACACAUACAAGAGAAUUAAAGACUUAGUGACUAGGUGCUGCCAGCAGCUUGAUGACCUACUGAAAAGAGGUAGAAUUUUCUUUCAAGGCUUUAGAAUUCAAAUUCUACUGAUGUUUUGGAAAGCUGUAGUCUUACAAAUGUACGAAAAUAAAUAAUAGGAUAAUAAUAAUUAAACCUGUAUUUUCUUCCUAGUAACAUGAAUUCGUCAGUAAAUGGACAUUUUUACCCAAUCACUCCUAAAUUGAAACGUUUCCCCACAGUCGGAUCGGAAGCUAAAAGCACAACAGGACCCAUUAUUAUGGAUACUCUAUAGAUUUCUUGACCUCAGUCCUGUAUUUUGUCAAUACCUAUCAGAAGUUUUCUGAUU